CCUUAGCAGCGGCGGCAGCAGCAGCAGCGGAGGCUCCCGCCGUCUCAGCCCCGCGCUGGUGCCACCUCCCUCGGUCCUUCUGCGCUUCCUCCCUCCGUUUGCACCAUGGCUGAUCAACUGACUGAAGAACAGAUUGCUGAAUUCAAGGAAGCUUUCUCCCUAUUUGACAAAGAUGGCGAUGGGACCAUCACAACAAAGGAACUUGGCACUGUCAUGAGGUCACUGGGUCAGAACCCAACAGAAGCCGAAUUGCAGGAUAUGAUCAAUGAAGUGGAUGCUGAUGGCAAUGGCACCAUUGACUUCCCAGAAUUUUUGACUAUGAUGGCUAGAAAAAUGAAAGAUACAGACAGUGAAGAAGAAAUCCGCGAGGCAUUCCGAGUCUUUGACAAGGAUGGCAAUGGGUACAUCAGUGCGGCAGAGCUCCGUCAUGUCAUGACAAACUUAGGAGAAAAACUAACAGAUGAAGAAGUAGAUGAAAUGAACAGAGAAGCAGAUAUUGAUGGAGAUGGACAAGUCAACUAUGAAGAAUUCGUACAGAUGAUGACUGCAAAAUGAAGACCUACUUUCAACUUUUCCCCUCCUCUAGAAGAAUCAAAUUGAAUCUUUUACUUACCUCUUGCAAAAAAAAAAAAAAAAGA